AUGGCGGCGACUGGAUCGGGCAGCGGCGGCAGACAGAAUGAGGAGGCGAGUCGGCGGUGGAGCCUGGCCGGCAAGACGGCACUCGUCACCGGAGGAACCAAAGGGAUCGGGCUUGCGAUCGUGGAGGAGUUGGCAAGCCUUGGCGCCAGGGUGCACACCUGCUCCCGCACCGCCGGCGACCUGGACGCAUGCCGGCGCCGCUGGGCCGACAAGGGCCUACUCCACGCCGGCGACGACGUGAUCACCACCUCCGUCUGCGACGUGUCCUCGGAGCGCGACCGGGAGAGCCUGGUGGCCACCGUGCGCGACCUCUUUCGCGGCAGCCUCCACAUCCUCGUCAACAACGCCGGCGGAUCCCUGUACAGGCCGGCGGCGGCCACCACGCCCGACGACUACGCCCGCGUCAUGGCCACCAACCUCGACUCGUGCUUCCACCUCAGCCGCCUCGCCCACCCGCUCCUCCGGCAGGCUGAGGCGGACGGCGGCGCCGUGGUGGUGCACAUGUCCUCCGUGGCGGCCUUCGUCGCGUACCCAGCGCUGUCCGCCUACUCGGUCAGCAAGGGCGCCCUGCAGCCGCUCACCAGGAGCCUCGCCGCCGAGUGGGCGCCGCACGGCGUCCGCGUCAACUGCGUCGCGCCGGGGGUCAUCGACAGCACGGGCAUCUCCGGCACGACGCUGGGCGACGCCGGCAGGGCGCGGAGGCUGGCGGAGAUGGAGAUGUCACGGGUGCCCAUGCGCCGCUUCGGCACGCCGCAGGAGGUGGCCGCGCUCGUUGCCUUCCUUUGCAUGCCCGCCGCCUCCUACAUAACUGGUCAGGUCAUCUGCAUCGACGGCGGACGAACCGUUGCCGCCAAACUGUGA